AUGGAUGAUUUUAUGGAUAAUAAAGGUAAGAAGAGAAAUAAUAAUAAACGUGAAUUAUGUUUAUUCUAUUCUACAAUUAUAUCAUUCGAAAAACUAUUACUUUUAAAACAAAAUAUUCGAACAUUAAUUAUAAUCGGUCAACGAGAUAUUACUUCUUUUAGUGCAAUUUCGCAAUUAACUGAAUUGCAAGAACUAUGGAUUGUUGAAUGUGGUAUUAAGGAAAUACCAUCUUUUAAAGAAAAUUGUUUAUUAAAAAAACUUUAUCUGUAUUCCAAUGAAAUAUCUUAUAUACCAAAUUUAGAAACUUGUUCUCAUUUGAAUAUUUUACAUCUAUCAGGAAAUAAUAUACAAAAACUUGAGAAUUUAGAUACAUUAACAUGGUUACAAGAGCUUAAUUUAGCUAAUAAUAAAUUGGAAAGAAUAAAUAAAAUAUCCUGGAGAAAAUCUGAAUUAUAUAGUUUAAAUUUAUCAGGAAAUCCUUUAUGCAUUAUAAAGGUACAUAAAAUAUUUAAAUAA